CAGCGCGCGUUGCUUUUUUGGUAUUUUUUAGGUUCAUUUUUAUGUUGAGAAUGACAAUCUGAAUUUUGCCCAGGUUCGAUUUAAAGCGACAUUUUCCCUGCUAUAACAAAAAUUUGUAAAUUCUUUUUGUUCAAAAGCUACCGAACCAAGAGGAAAGCAACAUGUCUCGCGGAAGUUCAGCCGGCUUUGACAGACACAUUACAAUCUUCUCUCCGGAGGGACGCCUCUACCAAGUGGAGUACGCCUUUAAGGCUAUCGCCCAGGAGAACAUCACCACGGUGGCACUGAAGAGUGGCGACUGUGCCGUGGUGGCCACCCAAAAAAAGGUCACCGAGAAGAAUAUUGUGCCUGAAACAGUGACCCACCUGUUUCGCAUCACCAAGGACAUUGGGUGCGCAAUGACCGGACGCAUGGCUGAUUCACGCUCACAGGUGCAGAAGGCCAGGUACGAGGCUGCCAACUUCCGCUAUAAGUACGGCUACGAUAUGCCCGUGGAUGUGUUGUGCCGGCGAAUUGCGGAUAUCAACCAGGUGUACACACAAAAUGCCGAGAUGCGUCCGCUCGGCUGUAGCAUGGUGCUGCUGGCGUACGACAAUGAAAUCGGACCCAGCGUUUACAAGACGGACCCGGCUGGCUACUUCAGCGGAUUCAAGGCCUGCUCAGUGGGUGCCAAAACUUUGGAGGCCAACAGCUAUCUGGAAAAGAAGUACAAAAACAACUUGUCCGAGGAGAAGGCGAUCCAGCUGGCCAUCACCUGUCUGUCCACCGUGCUCGCUAUAGACUUCAAGCCGAAUGGCAUUGAGAUCGGCGUGGUCAGCAAGACCGAUCCAACUUUCCGCAUUUUGAAUGAGAGGGAGAUCGAGGAACACCUAACCAAAAUCGCCGAGAAGGACUAAGUUUUGUUCCGCUUACUGUAAUUUUGUCAUAUUUUAUAAAGCCUCUCCUUGGAUCUAUGGUUAAAUAAAAAAUGCUCUUGGCUUGCAUUCAAAACAAAGGCAAA